AUGAACUUCGUUCACGUUCUGCGACGAAACACCCGGUGGAGCUUGCGCGAAACGCUGCUUGACAAGGUCUUCAUCAAGUCUCUCUUGACGCUGACCUUCCUGUCUCUUUUCAUCGCACUGAGUUGUUGGAUGGGCUUCGAGCUUUUUGGGCGUUCCGGAACUCGUUGCGUAACGCCAUAUGUCCGCCGAGAGUGGAGGACUCUCAGCGCUGCCGAGAAGAAAUCUUACAUCUCGGCGGUGAAGUGUCUUAUGGACCUACCAUCCAUUUUUGACAGCCAAACAUCGCAUUUUGACGACUUCACAUACGCCCACAUUACGGCAGGUGGUUCUUCGCACUAUGCAGCCGCCUUCUUACCGUGGCAUAGAAUGUUCGUGCAUACCUAUGAGCAAACGCUGCGCCAGAAGUGCAAAUAUGAAGGUGUUCAGCCUUACUGGAAUUGGGUGUUGGACUCAAAAGACCUAAGCCAGUCUCCUGUAUGGGAUUCUGAGCUUGGAUUUGGACUGAAUGGCGGUUCUGAGGGAGAUCACUGCGUUGAGCAGGGGCCAUUUGCAGGUAGACGAUAUGCAUGGAGACACUUUCCUGAAAAGGACGUUGCCAAAAAGGAGCCGCAUUGCCUAUCUCGGUGGUUCAGAGAUCGCUAUUCCUUGGGAGAUGGAGAGGACGAGGUUUUGUAUCGCAAGAUCUACGAUCGUAUAUCGCCCGAGUAUGUCAACGAGACUUUGAAAGCAGCCGAUUACAAUUCUUUCUUCAAAAAGUUCGAGGCUGGCGCCCACAACGCUAUUCCAAUGUUCAUCAGGGGCGAGUGGCUCAACUUCACAGCGACCAAUGACCCGUUGUUCUUUCUGCACCACGCCCAGGUCGAUCGGUUGUGGUGGUUAUGGCAGAACCGCGACUUUGAGAAUCGAUCAAAAGAGUACUUUGGACCUUCGGAAAACUUUUUGAAGCAUCCUCAUACCAUGGGCUCUCAUUCUAUCGAUGUACUUUCAAUGGGCGGUCUGAUCAAGGAUGGAAAGGUCAGCGACUACUUGAGCACGUCUGGUGGUCUCAUGUGUUACACGUACGAAUAG